CUUUUACACUUUAAAGCGUGUGUCCUAGCGGAGGGGAUUCCCCCUAAAUUUCACGGGAUUUUUGUUGUGGGAUUGUCUUGAUUUUCGAACUUCGUUUUGUUUGCUUUAUAAGCUAACUAAUAAGUGGCGCACCACUUUAUCUGAUGUUUCGUCUGUGCAAGCUUAGCUACAGUACUGUUACUACAGCUCUAAAACGUUUUAAAAUCAAAGAUGUUGUUAACGGAGAAGCAGUUUCUCAAAACGGAUGGAUCCAGGGUUGGGUGCAAUCAAUACGAAAACACAAGAACUUUAUGUUCGUUGAUAUUGUGGACGGAACGUCAUUGAACCCUUUGCAAGUCGUAUUGCCUUCACAUAUGUUCAAUAGCCAGCUGCAGAAUGGUGCUGCAGUAUCAGCCAACGGUACAUUUGUUGAAACUGAUUUGAAUGUGAACAAGAUUGAGAUGGUGUGUGAAGAAAUUCAAGUUGUUGGACCUUGUGAUCCAGAAACUUAUCCAUUUCUGAAACACACUCCUCAUGAUAUGCAACAUCUGAGGAGCUACCCGCAUCUUCGAAUGAGGAGAACAUCCAUGAUUAACGCAUUUAAACUCCGGAAUCAACUAGAAAUGUUAUUUCAUGAAUUCUUUCAGAAUGAAGGUUUUACACACGUGCACACUCCCAUCAUCACUUUGAGUGACUGUGAGGGUGCUGGCGAACUCUUCAGCAUAAAAUCCGACACAUCCACAAACACUGAUAUGGAGAACUCUGAAAAUCAUUUUUUUAAUAAACCUGCCUAUUUAACUGUAUCGGGUCAAAUGCAUCUGGAAGCAUGCGCGAUGUCUCUCGGCAGUGUUUACACCUUAAGUCCUGUGUUCCGUGCCGAGCAUGGAAUAUCAAGGAAACAUCUGAGCGAGUUCAGGAUGCUGGAAGUGGAGGUGGCUUUUACACAGGAUUUGCAUGAAAUUCUUGACCUUAUAGAAGACAGCAUCAAAUUUUGCAUUGAACGGGUGCAAAGUGUCCCACUAAAGAAAUUUGAUGACGGUUACAAGGAUAUUCCCCCUCAACAUCAUAAAGCUGUUAAGAAUGCAACAUGCAGUAAUUAUGUAAGAAUUCCGUAUUCUGAGGCACUUGAAAUACUGCAGAAGAAUUCACACAAAUUAACAACAGCAGCUCCGGUUUGGGGAGAUGAUUUUAACACUGACCAGGAAUCUUUCCUGGUUAAACAUUUUGGAUUAACACCAGUGUUUAUCAUCAACUUUCCAAAAGUAGCAAAACCAUUUUACAUGUAUGCUAAUAACGACAACAAUACAGUAGCUGCGGUGGACCUAAUAUUCCCCUUCUGUGGUGAAAUAUGUGGUGGAAGUCUUCGAGAACAUAGACUUGAGCUGCUGCAGGAUUCAUUGCGUACGUCUGGUCUCAAUGAAAAAGAUUAUGAAUGGUACUUGGACCUACGUAGGUUCGGCAGUGCACCUCACGGCGGUUAUGGACUUGGUUUUGAUCGACUUGUGCAUUUUCUCCUUGGAACUCGUAACAUAAAAGACGCCGUGCCUUUUCCAAGGACCCCACAUUCUUGCCCGCUUUAAUAAUACUAUAUAAUAAUGAUAACUUUUAUUCGUUUCUUUGAUUACGGUAGCAAAGAUUUUUACAUAUUUUAAACGAAAAGGCAGAAUAUAGCGACUCAGUUGUUAAAACAUGCUUACAGUUAAACAAAAUAUUUAUAUUUAAUUGGGAGAAAACAAGCGUGCUGGUCGUUACUCCUAGCAGAUAAAUGAGCCAAUAACGUUUAUUAUUUUUUAGUUAAACUUCUAGUAGAAACAAAACUGUGCCAAAAGACGUUUAAUAAUGGUCAUUUUGUUUAAAAAAUAUCAGUUUGUGUAAUAUUUUUAGUGACCGAACGAUGUGGACCGCUGCUUACCAAACGCUGCUUACUUGGUAUGUGUAGGCCUACAGUAGGGUGGGGAAAAUGGGACUUCUAUAGGACAUAUUAUCAAAUAACCUGAUUGCGUUUUAAACAAUUAACAACAGUAUAUUGAA